UACAGCAUGACAUCAGUGUGAUGUAAUCCCCGGGGUCCCGGGUGCAUUUAAACCCCCUUCAUUCACUCUCUCCUCAUUUCAAACAGAGUCGCACUCCUGCGAACUGAGGAGCAGCAAAUCUUCAUUUUUCAAAAAGUCAUAUUCUUCAAACUCAAAGUGUCCAUUAAGAAGUCGCGACUACAUUCGUCAAGGAGCUGAGAAUUAAAAACGCGGACUGACCGCCUUGUAAACCGUAAAUCGGAUAAUCCAUCACCGUCCCGACAGAAGACCACUUUUCUCAAGUAUCCUCGAAAGCCUGUCUGUUUGUCUCAAACUCCAUCCAGGGUUUGAUCUGCUUUACAGCGAACGCGCCUCUGGCACCCUCCCGCGAAAGUGACGAGCUGUGAGUUUCCAGCAUUGCAAGUAUAAAAGCAAGAGUCCAUCAUGAGCAAUUACACACAUUUAGAGGAUCUGCCGCCACAAUACUACCAGGGCACAGAUUUCGGGGAAGAGGAAGAGGAGGAGAUGCCAGCGACAGAGAAAGAGCUGGCCGAGGACGCGCCGUGGAAGAAGAUCCAGCAGAACACCUUCACCAGGUGGUGCAACGAGCAUCUCAAAUGCGUCAAUAAGAGCCUCACUGACCUCCAGAGAGACCUGAGCGAUGGGCUCAAGCUCGUCUCGCUCCUGGAGGUCCUCAGUCAGAAGAAGAUGUAAAAGCAUCAUGUCAGACCAAACUUCAGACAAAUGAAGCUGGAGAACGUGUCGGUGGCUCUGGAGUUUCUGGACCGCGAGCGAAUCAAACUAGUGUCGAUAGACAGCAAAGCCAUUGUAGAUGGGAACCUGAAGCUGAUUCUGGGUCUCAUCUGGACACUCAUUCUCCAUUACUCCAUCUCCAUGCCCAUGUGGGAUGAUGAGGACGAUGAAGAGGUUAAGAAACUCACUCCCAAACAAAGGCUGCUGGGCUGGAUUCAGAACAAGGUACCGGAGCUGCCUAUUAACAACUUUAACAAGGACUGGAGGGAUGGCAAGGCCCUCGGUGCCCUCGUGGAUAACUGUGCCCCUGGUCUGUGCCCUGACUGGCAAACAUGGGACCCCAACAAGCCCGUUGCAAAUGCUCGUGAGGCCAUGCAACAGGCCGAUGACUGGCUUGGCGUGCCUCAGGUGAUAGCUCCAGAGGAAAUCGUGGAUCCAGAUGUGGAUGAGCAUUCAGUGAUGACGUACCUCUCUCAGUUUCCCAAAGCUAAACUAAAGCCUGGAGCUCCUAUCAAGCCAAGGCAGCUGUACCCCAAAAAGGCCAAGGCCUAUGGACCAGGUAUUGAGCCUCAGGGGAACAUGGUUUUGAAGCCAGCUGUUUUUACUGUGGAAACACUGGAGGCAGGACUUGGAGAAGUGAUCGUGUAUGUAGAGGACCCAGAGGGUCACACUGAGGAGGCUAAAGUUGUCCCCAACAAUGACAAGAAAAGAACAUUCUCUGUCACCUAUGUGCCCAAAGUUGAGGGGCCCCAUAAGGUGAAAGUACUCUUUGCUGGUCAGGACAUUGAUAAGAGCCCCUUCAUGGUGAACGUGGCAAAGGCUCUGGGUGAUCCCAAAAAAGUUCAGGCUCGAGGUCCAGGUCUGGAGCCAGUGGGCAAUGUGGCCCAUAAACCUACUUAUUUUGACAUCUACACUGCAGGCGCUGGGGCUGGAGAUGUUAGUGUGGUCAUUGUUGACCCUCAAAAUAAAAACAACACUGUGGAAGUUCUUCUGGAAAACAAGGGUGAUAACAUCUUCCGUUGCACCUACAAACCUCUGCAAGAAGGGCCGCACACCAUCCAUGUGAGCUUUGCUGGGCAGCCAAUACCCAACAGCCCCUUUAAAGUGCAAAUCUCUGAGGCCAGCAAUGUAAAUGCCUGCCGUGCCACUGGCCGGGGACUGCAGCCUAAGGGUGUUCGGGUAAAGGAGGUGGCAGAUUUCACUGUUUUUACCAAAGGAGCAGGAACUGGAGAACUGAAGGUCUCUGUGAAAGGGCCUGGAGGAGUAGAGGUGCCUGUGAAAGUACGAGAUGUUGGUGAUGGAAUGUACAAGUGUGAUUAUUGUCCUGUUAAGACUGGAAAAUAUAAUGUAAACAUCACAUGGGGAGGCCAACCUAUUCCACGCAGCCCAUUUGAAGUGGAGGUCAGCAAGGAAGCUGGACCACAGAAGGUGCGGGCUUGGGGUCCUGGCUUGAAGACCGGAAUGGUUGGCAAGUCAGCAGACUUUGUUGUUGAGGCUAUUGGUACAGAAGUAGGAUCUCUAGGGUUUUCUAUUGAGGGCCCCUCUCAAGCAAAGAUAGAGUGUGAUGAUAAAGGUGACGGUUCCUGUGAUGUGCGUUACUGGCCCACUGAACCCGGAGAUUAUGCGGUUCAUGUCAUCUGUGAUGAUGAAGAUAUCAAAGACAGCCCCUUCAUGGCCCAUAUACUUCCAGCAGCUAAUGACGUCUUCCCUGAGAAGGUCAAAGCAUUCGGACCAGGCUUGGAGCCCACUGGAGUUAUUGUCAACAAAUCAACACAAUUCACUGUUGACGCUCGACAAGCUGGCAAAGGCAGUCUGAAGAUCUAUGCUCAGGAUGCUGAAGGCUGUGUGAUUGACAUUCAGAUUACUGAUAAGGGAGAAGGCACUUUUGUUUGUACGUAUGUUCCUACCAAACCAGUGAAGCACACCAUCAUAAUUACCUGGGGGGAGGUCAAUGUACCCAAGAGUCCCUUUAGAGUUCUUGUUGGUGAAGGCUGUCACCCUGACAAAGUGAAGGUCUUUGGGCCUGGAGUUGAGAAAACUGGCCUGAAGGCGAAUGAGCCCACCUACUUCACUGUUGACUGCAGUGAAGCCGGCCAAGGUGAUAUCAGCAUUGGGAUCAAAUGUGCCCCAGGUGUGAUGGGUCCAGCAGAGGCAGAUAUCGAAUUUGACAUCAUUAAAAAUGAUAAUGACACCUUCACUGUCAAAUACACGCCCCCUGGCCCUGGCCGUUACACCAUCAUGGUGCUCUUUGCAGAUCAGGAAAUCCCCAGUAGCCCAUUCAAAGUCAAGGUGGAUCCUUCUCAUGAUGCAGGCAAAGUCAGUGCUGAAGGUCCUGGACUGAACAAGACAGGCGUUCAAGUCGAUAUUCCAACCCAUUUCACCAUCUUCACGAAGGGAGCAGGAAAGGCUAAACCAGAGGUUCAGUUCAAAACUUCUGCCAAAGGAAACGCUGUUAAAGAUUUUGAGAUCAUUGAUAAUCACGACUACUCCUACACUGUGAAGUACACUGCUCUCCAUCAGGGUGAGAUGUCUAUCAUGGUCACACAUGGCAGCGAUCCCAUUCCUAAAAGCCCUUUCGUGAUCACAGUCUCCCCUCCACUCGAUCUUGGCAAAGUCAAAGUUCAAGGCCUUAAUGAAAAAGUGGAAGUUGGAAAGGACCAGGAGUUUAUUGUUAGCACGAAAGGGGCAGGUGGACAGGGUAAGGUAAAUGUGACCAUAACCUCACCCUCUGGUAGAACAAUACCUUGUAAGUUGGAAUCAGACAAGACCAAAGAGGCCACCUGUGUGAAAUACAUCCCACCCGAAGAGGGUCCUUACAAGGUGGACAUCAGCUAUGAUGGGAACCCCGUUCCAGGAAGUCCCUUCGCUGUAGAGGGACUCAUGCCUGCCGAUCCCUCAAAGGUUCGUGCUCAUGGACCAGGACUUAAGGGUGGUGUUGUGGGUCAGCCUGCACGGUUCACUAUUGACACAAAAGGAGCUGGUGCUGGUGGUUUGGGUCUAACACUGGAAGGCCCAUGUGAGGCUAAGAUUGAGUGCCAAGACAACGGUGAUGGAGCCUGCUCUGUUGUCUACCUGCCCACAGAGGCUGGUGACUACAACAUCAACAUCCUAUAUGGGGAAGCUCAUAUCCCUGGCUCUCCUUUUAAAGCUGUUGUCAAGCCAGCUCUGGAUGCUGGCAAAGUUAUAGUGAGUGGACCCGGACUGGAGAGGGCUAAAGCUGGUGAGGUGGCCACUUUCACAGUGGACUGCAGUAGAGCCGGGGAGGCUGAACUCACCAUUGAGAUUGUGUCAGAUUCAGGGGCUCAAGCUGAAGUUUGUAUUCAAAAGAACAAUGAUGGAACAUUUUCUGUCACCUACACCCCUCUCUUUAAUGGCAUACACACCGUCACCAUUAAAUAUGGAGGCCAGCAGGUCCCCAAGAGCCCCAUACGUGUUCAGGUGGAGCCAUCUGUGGACACAAGUGGGAUUAAAGUGUACGGACCAGGAGUUGAACCCAGAGGGGUCCUUAAGGAGGUGACCACACACUUCAUUGUGGAUGUCCGGGCCCAGACUAAGACCAAAGGAGGAAAUCAUGUUAAGAUUCGCAUCAUCAAUCCAUCAGGCGCAAACACAGAUGCAUAUAUCACUGAUAAGGGCGACGGCACAUACAGAGUGGAAUACACUGCUUUUGAGGAUGGUUUGCACAUGAUCGAGGUCUUUUAUGAUGAUGUUGCUGUUCCUAAGAGCCCCUUUAAGGUGUCAGUUGUCGAAGGUUGUGACCCAACACGUGUUCGAGCCUAUGGUCCAGGCCUGGAAGGUGGGCUAGUUAACAAACCCAACUGCUUCACAGUGGAGACAAGGGGUGCUGGGACUGGUGGUUUGGGCUUGACCAUUGAAGGAGCAUCAGAAGCCAAAAUGUUCUGUAAGGACAACAAAGACGGUAGUUGCAGUGUUGAAUACAUGCCUUUCACUGCUGGAGACUAUGAUAUUAAUAUCAAUUAUGGAGGCCAGCCUAUUCCAGGCAGUCCAUUCCGGGUGCAGGUUAAGGAUGUGGUGGAUGUCAGUAAGGUGAAGUGCUCAGGUCCUGGACUCGCUAACAGAGUUACCGCACAUGUUCCACAAACCUUCACUGUGGACAGCAGCAAAGCAGGAGCUGCUCCUCUACAGGUGCAGUUGUACGGACCAAAAGGAACCCUGGAGCCUGUAGUUGUUAAAAACAACCGGGAUGGAACACAUACUGUCAGCUACACCCCUGCACAAGAGGGGCCACACACUGUGUCUGUCAAAUACGCCAACCAAGAAGUACCUAACAGUCCAUUCAAAGUCAAUUCAGCCCCCACACAUGAUGCCAGUAAGGUGCGUGCUAGCGGACCCGGUCUGGACACUAAAGGAGUGGCUGCCAGUCUUCCGGUGGAGUUUACCAUUGAUGCUCGUGAUGCAGGAAAAGGCCUUCUGACAGUUCAAAUCCUUGAUCCAGAGGGAAAGCCAAAAAAAGCCAGCAUUCAAGACAACAGAGAUGGAACCUACACUGUAUCUUAUGUGCCAGACAUGACUGGCCGCUACACCAUAACCAUUAAGUACGGUGGAGAUAACAUCCCAUACUCACCUUACAAUGUCCAAGCCUUUCCCACUGGUGAUGCCAGCAAGUGCCUGCUCACAGUGUCUAUUGGAGGACAUGGUGUUGAAAGCCUUGGGCCCAAUAUUAAGUUUGCAGAAGAGACAUUCAUCACUGUGGAUGCCAAAGCUGCUGGAAAAGGGAAGGUGACAUGUACGGUUCUGACCCCUAAUGGCAUGGAGCUGGAUAUGGAUGUUACAGAAAAUCCAGAUGGCACCUUCGACAUAUAUUAUACUGCACCCGAGCCGGGAAAAUAUGUCAUCACAAUCCGCUUUGGAGGGCAACACAUUCCUAAAAGUCCUUUUCAAGUCAUGGCUACAGAUCAACCUGUCGUACCAAGAGAUGACAAAAAGCCCAUGUUUCAGCCGCUGAACUUAGUUAUCCCAUUCACUGUCCAGCAAGGAGAGCUCAGAGGGGAAGUGCGUAUGCCUUCUGGUAAAACAGCUCGUCCUUUCAUCAGGGACAACAAAGAUGGAACAGUCACUGUGCAAUUUCAGCCUACAGAGAGAGGCCUGCAUGAAAUGGAUAUAAAGUAUGAUGGCAACCACAUCCCAGGAAGUCCUUUGCAGUUCUAUGUAGAUGUAAUGAACAGUGGAAUGGUCACAGCCUAUGGACCUGGUCUGUGCCAUGGGACAGUCAAUAAACCAGCCACUUUUACUGUUGUUACCAGGAAUGCUGGACAAGGUGGUUUGUCUCUUGCUGUAGAGGGUCCGUCUAAAGCAGAAAUCAGUUGUAAGGACAAUAAAGAUGGCACCUGCACUGUGUCCUACUUGCCCACUGUACCUGGCGAUUACAACAUCAUCGUCAAGUUUGAUAACAGUCAUAUUCCUGGCAGCCCCUUCACAGCAAAGAUCACUGGUGACGAUUCACUCCGAAGGUCUCAGAUGAACAUUGGCACGGCAGCAGAUGUCUCACUGAAGAUCACAGAAACAGACCUGAGCUAUCUGACAGCUAGCAUUAAAGCUCCAUCAGGAAAGGAUGAACCGUGCCUGCUGAAGAGAUUGCCCAACCAGCACAUUGGUCUCGCGUUCACCCCAAAGGAAGUGGGGGAGCAUGAGGUCAGUGUGAGGAAGAGUGGGAAACACGUGAACAACAGCCCUUUUAAGAUUAUGGUAGGGCCAUCUGAAAUUGGGGAGGCCAGCAGGGUCAAGGCUUUUGGUAAAGGUCUCAUUGAGGCACAUACCUUUGAAGUGGCCGAGUUCUUUGUGGACACUAGAAAUGCUGGAUAUGGAGGACUUGGAUUGUCAAUCGAGGGUCCAAGUAAAGUUGAUAUCAAUUGUGAGGAUAUGGAAGAUGGAACAUGUAAAGUGACAUAUUGCCCCACUGAACCAGGCAACUAUAUCAUCAACAUCAAGUUUACAGACAAACACAUACCAGGAAGCCCUUUUACAGUGAAGGUAACAGGAGAAGGAAGGAUGAAGGAGAGUAUAACAAGAAAACGGCAAGCUGCCUCUGUCGCCUCAGUAGGCAGUGCAUGUGACCUAAACCUCAAAAUCCCAGGAAAUUGGUUUCAGAUGUUGUCAGCACAGGAGCGCUUAACUCGUACCUUCACACGCAGUAGCCACACUUACACACGUACAGAACGCACAGAAAUCAGCAAGACCCACGGAGGUGAGACUAAGCGGGAGGUACACGUAGAAGAGAGUACACAGCUUGGCAGUGACCCUUUCAGAGAUGUUUUUGAGUCCUUCCUGGGAAGAGAACGACUGGGUAGCUUUGGUGCAGUAAGGCAAGAGGCUGACACAGGGAUUCAGGGAAUGACAGCACAGGUGACCAGCCCUGGUGGAAAUGUAGCCGAUGCAGAGGUUGUUGAUAGCGGGAACAGUACUUACAGAGUCCGCUUCGUACCUUCUGAAAUGGGUUCUCACACAGUCAACGUCAAAUACAGGGGUGAGCAUGUCCCUGGAAGCCCCUUCCAGUUCACUGUUGGGCCCCUUGGGGAAGGAGGCUCUCACAAGGUCCGGGCUGGAGGCACAGGCCUAGAGAGAGCUGUCGCAAAAGUUCCUGCUGAAUUCAGCAUUUGGACAAGAGAGGCUGGAGCAGGCGGUCUGUCCAUUGCUGUCGAGGGUCCAAGUAAGGCUGAAAUCUCCUUUGAAGACAGAAAAGAUGGAUCCUGUGGUGUUAUUUACAUUGUGCAGGAGCCAGGUGACUAUGAAGUUUCCAUCAAGUUCAAUAACGAGCAUAUCCCAGAUAGCCCCUUCAUUGUUCCUGUUGCUACAUUGUCUGAUGAUGCACGUCGACUUACUGUUACAAGUCUUCAGGAGAAGGAUUUGAAGAUUAAUCAGGAAGCCUCAUUUGCGGUUCAGAGGAAUGGGGCGAGAGGUGUCAUUGAUGCAAAAGUUCACGCCCCCUCUGGUGUAGUAGAGGAGUGUUAUGUGACUGAACUGGAUAGCGACAAGAAUGCAAUUCGCUUCAUUCCACGUGAGAAUGGUGUUCAUUCCAUUGAUGUGAAGUUCAAUGGAAGCCAUAUACCAGGAAGCCCAUUCAAAGUACGCGUCGGAGAAGCAGAAAGUGUUGGAGAUCCAGGAAUGGUGACUGCCUUCGGUCCAGGACUUGAGGGUGGACGCACAGGGGCCCCCUCUGAGUUUGUCGUAAACACAUGCAAGGCUGGUUCAGGUGCCUUAUCUGUUACUAUUGACGGUCCCUCAAAGGUCAAAAUGGACUGCGCUGAGUGUCUAGAAGGUUACAAAGUCUCUUAUACGCCUAUGGCACCAGGAAACUACCUUAUAUGCAUCAAAUAUGGUGGGCCACAGCAUAUUGUUGGCAGUCCCUUCAAAGCAAAGGUUACAGGUAUGCGUCUGUCUGGAGGCCACAGUCUACAUGAAACUUCAUCAGUCGUUGUGGAGACGGUUACCAAAACCUCAAAGAUGGCAGGAGCUUUCAGCUCUCUGUCCAGCUCCAAGUCGACCUCAGAUGCCAGUAUGGUUGUAUGUCAUGGUGCCGGCCUCUCCAAAGCCUUCGUGGGUCAGAAGAACACCUUUUCCGUCGACUGUAGUAAAGCAGGAACAAACAUGCUAAUGGUUGGCGUCCAUGGUCCCAGAACUCCAUGUGAAGAUGUGGCUGUUAAACACAUGGGAAACAAGCUUUACAAUGUAACCUACACAGUGAAGGAGAAAGGAAACUAUGUUGUUAUUGUCAAAUGGGGGGAUGAAAGUGUACCAGGAAGUCCCUUCCAUGUGAGUGUUCCCUAAACAGCUUAUACCUAUAGAUUUCCUAAUCAAGAAAAAAACUACUGAAUUGAAUAACAGUUGCUAAAUUUAGGAGAGAGAGAGAGAGGAAAAACAAAAAACUAUAUAUUAACUUUCUCGCUGAGGAAAGCUUUAUGACAGAGGCUGAUCUUAGAAGGUGCUGCCUUUUAUUUAAUGUUAACCUGUUUGACGCAAAUGCAUUUUAAUACUGUUUUGGAUGCCACAAUGUACCAUUUAUCAUUAAAAGAGAUAAGAGUUUUAAUUAAUGAAAAGGAAUAAAGGAACAGUUCAAUUAAAUGUCAAUGAAUGCCUCUUUUGUAGAAUCACCAAAAGAGAAAAUGUAUAUUUUACAGAGGGAGAUUUAUUGUUCUCAAGGGCACUUUUGUUGGUCAGGGGAAAUCAUAGCAAUGAUUUUGUGUUGUGACGUUUUCAACAGUGUAUAGAUGUAUCCAGUGCUUUUAUAUGCUUUAUAGAAUGUAAUUUUGUUAUCUUAACCAA